CGCUUGUCGAACGAAUAACUUGUGUGUGAGUACUAUACAGAGAAGUUAUAAUGUCUGGACGUGGCAAAGGCGGAAAAGUGAAGGGAAAGGCAAAGUCUCGCUCCAGCAGGGCUGGCCUCCAGUUCCCCGUCGGCCGUAUUCAUAGGCUCCUUCGCAAAGGCAACUAUGCCGAGCGAGUCGGAGCUGGAGCUCCUGUUUACUUGGCGGCCGUUAUGGAGUAUUUGGCUGCUGAAGUGUUGGAAUUGGCGGGAAACGCUGCACGUGACAACAAAAAGACGAGGAUCAUCCCACGUCAUUUGCAGCUGGCCAUUCGUAACGACGAGGAACUGAACAAGUUACUCUCUGGUGUGACCAUCGCUCAAGGCGGUGUGCUUCCAAACAUUCAGGCAGUUCUGCUACCCAAGAAGACUGAGAAGAAGGCGUAAACAGUAUCGCUCAAUUAAACAAAAAUGGCCCUUUUAAGGGCCGCAAAAUGGUUUAACGUGGAAUAUGCACCUGACUCACGAUUGGAUCUCUGUUCCUUCAUCUCUUAAUACUGAUUUAAAUCUGUUAUUGCAUUAUGUUUAAAAAACAAAAUUUAUACGUGUCCUUUCAUGAAUACCUUUAUGCAACGUGACAAUCAAUACCAUUUCAUAAACAGUACUACUGGUUCUGCAACUUCACAAUUCCUGCAAGUCAACACACUGUCCAAAUAUCAGUUUUAAGACAUUUAAAGUGAAUUUUUCUUUUAGAAUUCUUUUCAUUAUUACGCAUAUUUGAUUAGAUUAUGACUAAAUUUCGCUUGAUACUAGAAAGCAGUAGGAUGCUCCCUUAGACGUGGUAGAGUUUUAGAAUG